AUAAUUGAGCGAAGUCUUCCAACACCAAAUCCUCCAUCCUCCAUCCAUUCUUCUCGCUAUCUAGAUCUCACAUCCUCAUGCCCACCCGGACGAAAACAAGAACGAUGCCUUUCCAUCAAAGAGGUCCCUGGACACAAUACGAAGAUCUUACCUUACUCAACCUUGUCGCUAUGCUUGGAACCCUCAAUUGGAUCGAAGUAUCCGAGAUGAUGGAGAAUAGAAGCCCAAAGCAAUGCGCCGAGCGAUAUCACCAGAAACUCAGACCGGGUCUCGAUGACAGCCCGUUGACGGAACAAGAACGCCACUUGAUCGCGCAUCUUGUUCUCACUAAGGGAACUUGCUGGGCCCAUAUUGCCAGGCAGCUGGUCAACCGCAGUGAGAACAAGGUCAAGAAUUGGUGGUACAGUGUACAAGCCAAGUUACAACGGCACGAAAGGCGAGCUCGUGAUCGUGCUGCACAGUCUUCACGUCUGGCGCGUCAGCAAGCUAAACAUAUCCACUCCGAUGAGCCCUCGACGCUCUAUGCUACAUCUGCCGUGGCCCCUUUUGUUUGGAUCUCCUGGACGCCAGAAGAUUUUGAUUUCCAAACGUUCAUCAACUCGUCGCAGAACGAUUACAUCAACGGAGCGAUGCAACCACAAAUGACACAACCUUCAAGUGUGGCCUCAUCAGAUCAGCCAAAAAGUCUCAAUACACAUUUCUAUCCAUCCACAGGUGGGCUUUUGGGUCACAAUAUCGAGGCCAGAUACCAAUCAGUGCGAGAGUCUCGACAGGAUUCACUCCAGCCCGACUGGUCUCUUUACAGCUCCCGCCUGAACGAGCAUCACAACGCACAGAGAAAGCCCAGCAUGGCAUCCCAGAGUAUGCCAGACCUCUCUUGGCCUCCUUUGGGCUUGAAGUUUUGAGAUGAAGACUGAGAUCGUAGAAGCUGGUCUCUUUCAUGCGCCGUGUUCGUUACUGAGUUAGCAUUUCAAGUAGCAUACAUAGAUAAAGCAUAGAGAAUAUCGCGCAAUAAGCACAAACUUGAUACAAACAUAUAUUCAACGUGAUCAGGGUAAAC